AUCCGCAGUCGUGGUUCGCGCCAUGCGAACUCGUCUCGUCUUCGCAUUGCGGACCACCGAGACCACCUGGACCGUGCGGCAAGCAAGCUUUCCCCGACUUUGGAUGGUUGCGAAGCACUCCUCUGACCUUCAACCAUGGCCGAAUACUGGAAAUCGACACCAAAAUACUGGUGCAAGUUUUGCUCCGUGUUUGUCAAGGACACCAAAUUCGAGCGCGCGCAACACGAAGCGACCGGACGCCACCAAGGCAACAUCCAGCGUAGUCUGAAGGGACUACAUCGCGAACAGGAAAACGAGAAGCGCAAUCAGGCGCGCGCACAAGCAGAGGUCGCUCGGCUGAAUGGCAUUGUACCAUCGGCAUCCUCCACUCCUUCCGUCGCGACUGGCGUAGGCGGCAAGCCCACAUUCAAGAAGGAACCCGAGAAGAAAGCCACAGUAGACGACAGGAAACGACAAUGGGAGCAGCUGGCAGCUAUGGGUGUGGCGCUUCCCGCGGCUGCAAGAGGCGAUUUGGCGAUAGCGGGCGAAUGGAAGACAGUAAAGGAAGAAGUCGUGGGAGAAGUCACUGAGGACGGAGAGUUCAAGGCAACAUCGUUGAACAAGGGUGUGCGGAAGCGGCAACUGGAUGAGGAUGAGGAAGAGCAAAAGGCUGCCGGAGAGCUCAUCACCAAACGGAAAGGCUGGGGACACACGUACAAGAGUUUCCCGGGCAGCAAGGGUGGCGAUGACGAUGACAUUGAGAGCUUGCUUAGGAAGAAGAAAUUGCAGCCAGAGGUCAAGAGGGAAGAACCUGGGGAUGGAGUGAAAGCUGAAGUUGAAGAAGAGAACGAGGCCAAGACCCUGCAGGAUAUACCCACGGCUGAAGAAGCGGAAGCAAAGGCUGCCGAGGCCAUUGUGAAAAAGGAGGAGGAUGCGCCAGCUACACCAGCGGUGGUUUUCAAGAAGAGGAAGAAGGCGAAAUGAGCAGCAUCAUGACCCGUUCCAUCCACAAUCCAUGCGCCACCGGUCGAUCACGCUGUUAUCAGCCUCGGCUCGUCUGUUAUAGAAUCCAGUUUCGAAGUGGA